GUAUCGUAGCAUGCCUUGUCUAUAGUGUUCAAGGUCUGCCUCGAUUUCAUUUUCAACUUUGUUGACGAAAUCCUGUAAAGAUGUCAGAAAACUUUAAAUUUAGUGAUGUUUUUAACAGCCGGACGUUGCGGGGACGCGCUAAUGUAGCCAAGGCUACCUAUGUGUCCAUGGGUGCGAUCUACGUCCUGAUGAAGAUGCAAAAGAAUAAAGCAAAGCGCCUUGAUGCCAAGAACUACUGCAAGGGAUGCCAGCAGCUGAUGCCGCCAAGCUAAGAGGUGUAAUAGGGAUCAUCUUUCAUUUUAUUAAGAUCACUAAUAUCAGUUUUACAAAAUCUAAUGUGUUUUAACACAUGCAUAAACAUAUUGUUAUUAUAAUAUCAAAUACAUCUAAAUCAAGAUCAUUAAAAAGUUGAAUUUAUGUACUGGAA